AUGGAUGGAAAGCCAGGUUUUCCCAGUGUGUCUGAGGAACGAGAGGCCGCACUGGGCCGCUACAGUUGCCUCGCUGCUUUGGGUCCAACCCGGGCCGGCUUCGUUCUCCGGCGCGUGGCCAUUACACUCCUCGCCUACCUAUUCGUCGAUGCCGUGAUCUCGAUGCCACCGCCAGAAAAGGCCAUGGUGCAAGCAGACAAGGCCGCGCUAUUCUCGUUGCAAAGCUUAAGUGCCGGCGACAUUGCAUUCCGUUCCGGCACGGUCGUUGGAUACUGGCUCACGACUGGCAUUCUCAACCUCUUCAUGAACAAUGUGGGUGCCAUUGCUGCCGUGACCUUGGGGCUGAACAGUCCCGCCGAGUGCCCGCCCCUCUACGGGUCCUUUUCGGACGCAUCCACCAUCCGUAGCUUUUGGGGUGUUUCCUGGCACCAGAUGUUCCGCUGUUUCUUGACCGGCCAUGCCAAUCUGAUCGUCGACCACACCCUCCCAUUCGCCUCGCGCCACUCAGCAGUCUCUCGCUACACGCGCCUGGCAAUUGCGUUUCUUAAUUCUGGUCUGAUUCACCACCACGCCGAUCAGCUAAUGGGUGUGUCAAACGCCGAGAACGGGGCUGUGGUCUUCUUCCUCCUGCACGCUGCCCUCAUCAUGCCGGAGGAUGCCUUUGGGCCUUUAAUGAUCGCCCUGUUGCCUAGGCGCCACCGCCAUGUCAUGGGAUGGCUUUGGGUGUUUGCCUUCUUCACCUAG